UGCAGCGAAGUGCACGGGAUGUUUGCAACCGAUAGCACCCAACGAGCUGGUAAUGCGGGCCCUGGACUACGUAUACCACAUCUCCUGUUUCAUAUGUGUUGGCUGUGGUCGCCAAUUGCAGAAGGGUGACCAGUUUGUAAUCCGAAAUGGCCGACUUUACUGCAGACCAGAUUUUGAGAAGGAAAUGGCGAUGAUUCAGCUUGUACAGAGAAAUGAAACCAACCAGUUACAAGAACAACACCAGAACGGACAGCAACGACAAGAUGGACGGCGAGGUCCCAAACGUCCUAGAACUAUCUUGACCACUGCUCAGAGAAGAGCAUUUAAGGCGUCAUUCGAAGUCAGCCAAAAACCUUGUAGAAAGGUCCGAGAAUCCUUAGCCAAAGAAACUGGUUUGAGUGUGCGCAUUGUGCAGGUUUGGUUCCAAAAUCAGAGGGCGAAGCUGAAGAAAAUGCAGCGUAAACAGCAACAACAGCAACAGAAACAGGAACAAAACAACUCUCAGAAACAACAGGAAAUCGAUCAGUCGAAUGGCGGAGUCAUAAAUGAAGGCAGUAAUUCGGUGAAGGAUGGUUCACCAUACUCCCGUCUUGGGUCUUUAACAGACUCGCCACCAGAUGUCUCUCAGUUUUCACUUCCGGCGGUCGGCUAUCAUACUCCUGGAAUUGAAGGUCAGUACUUUCAAGGCCCACCUGAUAGCUACAUGAAAUCUGAACUGAACCUAGAAAACGAGAGUAGUCUUAGCGGUUUAGAAGAAGUUCUUAUUGGUCAAAGCCAACCAUCAUCGCUGAAUGAUUCGUCUCAAAUUUUCUCGACGUCCAUUAAUCCCAUUGACAAAUUAUAUUCCAUGCAUUCGUCAUAUUUUAGCCUUGGAACGAACAGCUAAUCUGUUGUGUAGAGUAACAAAAAAAAUCGUAAACUCUUAUUGUUGAGAGCACGUUUUGAAACAGAACGAAGAUUUAAGGUCAAUGUGGUGACUGUUGUGUUAAUGAACUGUGAAGUGUUUCGUUUCUGUAAACUCCAGAUUUUUGAACCAAUCGGGACAGCUCAGGCCUGAGAAAUGACUGUAGGAUAAACCGUAUAUGUGUCAGAACUGUUUUUUAGAGAGAAAAAAAGCGAUUUUGGUUUUCUUAUCCACCCGAGAUGAUUUGCUGGCUGUAUUUAUAGUCGCUACACUUUAAAAAAGAUCUUAUAUGUAUCUAAAUGAUGAAAACAUUUUAUUAUUUGUGCUGAAAAUUUAGUCCAUAUUUAUUUACCAAACGCAGUUCACUUCAUCGUUCAGUUCUUACGUUUCGUUCUAGUCACAGGAAAUAUUUUGUACGAAUUAUAUGACGAAACGUUUCCCCUCCCCCCUCCCUUUUGUGUGACUAUAUCUUGUUCACUUUGUUUCUAAAAACAUUUUGAAGAAAUGGAAAAUUAUUUGAUGUUGUAGCAUAUUUUCUAGUAAAGACAAAAGCUCUUGCUUCACGCGUGCGCGUCUUAACGUCUGGGUUGUAACAUUUUUUGUGAGGGGGGAUGGGUUAAAAUUAUUUUACUAUUUUAAUACAAUGUUAGAAAUCUCGUCUACGCCCUAUCAAGAGUUAAUUUACUAUUUUUGUUUUCUUUUUCCUGGUGUAUAUUGCCCAAUAAGACGGGUGAAAUGAUUGAAACCUGUCUUAAAAUAAGUCCAUUGUUUCUCUGAUUAAAAUGUAAAAGACUGAGCCCAAAUUUGAAUAACACGUUUUGCCCUCU